CGGCAAAUGCCUGAACCCCCAAGAAAACUUAUCUAAGCCCCGUCCAUUCAUCACGUAGGGAGAGCUGCUGCUUUCAUGUCUGACAUUUCUUAAGUUUGUACAUAUUUUACUUUUUACGCUUUUAAACGUUUAAACUCGUCUUUUUGGCUGACGUGUCAUAUAUAUAUAUAAACAUUAAAGGCUAACGUUAGUUGUGAUUUGCUUUAAACAAGCAUCAGCAAAAGCAAUGGACUGCAGAGUUCUCUCAGUUCAGAGUCAUGUUGUGAGAGGCUAUGUUGGAAACAAAUCUGCUACUUUUCCUUUGCAGGUGCUGGGCUUUGAAGUGGACACUAUAAACUCUGUGCAGUUCUCCAAUCAUACAGGUUAUGAGCACUGGAAAGGGCAGGUGUUGACUGCGGAUGAACUCAACGUUCUCUACGAGGGAAUCAAGCUUAACGAUGUGAACCAUUACGACUAUGUGCUCACAGGAUACACUAGAGAUUAUUCCUUUUUGGAUAUGGUUGUAGACAUUGUCCAGGAGCUGAAGAGAGCAAAUCCGAGCCUGGUUUAUGUGUGUGAUCCGGUGCUAGGUGAUAAUGGGGCCAUGUACGUUCCUGAGAACCUGCUGCCCAUCUACCGAGACAGAGUUGUUCCUGCUGCAGACAUAAUCACUCCCAAUCAGUUUGAAGCUGAACUCCUCUCUGGGAGAAAAAUACAUUCAGAAAAAGAUGCUGUUGAAGUGAUGAACCUUCUUCAUUCAAUGGGUCCAGACACAGUGGUAAUCACCAGCUCUGACCUGCCCUCUCCUCUGGGCGAUCAGUAUCUGGUUGCUUUGGGGAGCCAGAAAAAAGUGAGGACAGAUGGCUCCAUGGUGACUCAGCAGAUACGUAUGGACAUCCCCAGGGUGGAUGCUGUGUUUGUGGGAACUGGUGAUCUGUUUGCUGCAAUGCUGCUGGCCUGGACACACCACCACCCUGAUCUCAAGAUGGCCUGCGAAAAGACCGCUUCCGUCCUUCAUCAUGUGAUUAAGAGAACUAUGACUUACGCACAUGAGGUGGCCGGUCCCAAUCGAAGGCCAAGUCCUGCUCAGCUGGAGCUGCGGAUGGUCCAGAGUAAAGCAGACAUCGAGAAUCCUGCCGUGGUGGUACAGUGUGGACGUGUGGACACUACAACCAGAGUUUGGCUUCAUGACAUCAGAAAGCGUACUGUUUUCUUCUUUCUGACUGAUCAACACGGCAGGGUUCACACUAAAUGUGGAAGAGGAGAAUGAGGCAAAAUUCUGCCCAUUUGUGGCAAACGCAUAUUUCAUAUUUCAUGUCAUUCAUCCGCGGUAGGGAAAUCCACCUCUGUUCUCAUGUUUGCAUUGAUUUGUUUGCAGUUUUACUCAUGAAAAUACUUAAUUCCCUGUUUGGAGUGGACCCAGCAUAAAGGUCUCAUUAUGGCACCUGUUGGUUCGGCAUGCUCUUAACUUACACCACAGUGCAUUUUUGCAUUUUCAUGUAGAAUAAAUGAAAGCAGGGAAAAGCCCAUUUAAAAAUAUACCCAUGUACAUUAUGUGGACAUUGCCUUUUGUCUCUGAAGAACUUUCUAUUUUUAGAAUUGUUUUUUGAGCCCAAACUCAGGAGGAAAAGUACAUAUUUUUUUCAAAAGCAAACAGUAUUGUCAGAAAAGUUUGCUAAUUCAUACAAAUUUGUUCAUACAAAAACACAUUUAAAAAGGAAGCUAGUCCCCAAUCCCCACCCCUAAACCCAACCAUUGGAUCAGUUGGGGCUUAAAACAUAAAAGAGACUUAAUUGCUGUGAGAUUAUGUUGGCUUUUCCAGUUCCAUAGGAACGCUGACAUCAUGAUAGGAAAUUUUUUGGGCUCGAAACCACCAUAACCACAAUAACCCUGCUAUAAUUAUCCACAGUUGCAACAGGAUCUUAACCAUGCUUGGAAUUGCUCAGAAGAAGGCCAACAGUCUUUCUUCUGAGCACCACAGAUAACUCUUAAUCAUAACAUGAUGGUAAACAUGAGCGGAUUGUUGAUGUUUAAAUAAGGUGUGGUUGUUCCUGUUAAUGUGUGUGUGAUAAAUGUAGAGGUGUAACAACUGUGUCCAUACCAGAAAUGCUUAAGCCACUUUUGUACAGGCUGAAUGAGAUAUGAUUACAAAAAUGUACUUCGUUAAAUUAUGUAUCAGUAUGUCCUAUAUGUUAAUAAACCACUCGUAGCACCAAA